UUAUAGAUAAAUAUUACACCAACCAUCAAAUAGGAUAUACCACCCCUAAUCUGGUCGGCUAACGAGGCCUCCAUACACCAAAUUUUCGUGUGCGGCGCAAACCUCAAUAAAGUACCACUCCAAAAUAUCCACUAUACUCACCUCCUCCUCUCUAUCACUUCUCCACUCCAUACACUUCAUGACGGAAACAGGCUCCCCAUGGGACGCCUUCAGCGUGGAACCAACCGCUCCCGUAUUCACGUUUUUUACGGACGAUUGCCUCUCGACGUUCCGCGAAACCUUCAGCGAUCUCUCCACGACGGUCGCGCGGGCGCCGGCGGAGGCAUUUUACGAACUCCUCUACGUCUACUCACGGGACUCCACUAAUCAACUCCCGCUCAACAUCCUCGUAAUGUUUCUCAAUGAGGUUUUCGAGACCGACGGCGCGGUGGCCGCGUUUUUGAGCGUGGCUGCGAGCUUCCCUUCCAACCCCAAAAUCGUGACGCUUCUUCGGAUGCUCAAGCUUGACGACGAUCUCUUGGUGGCAUAUCUUGCAACACCGAUGCUAGUGCAAUUAGACGUCGUGCCCGUGGAUUUUGACCGCCAGUUAAAGAAGCGCCUCCGUGACCGCAACUAUACGUCCAAGAAGUUCAAUCUCCUCCACGAGGAGAGCGAGGGCUACGCGCGGCUCCUCACGGAGGUGCACGCAAACUUCGCUGCAGAUGACUGUCUCGCGCGCGUCGAGAGCACACACCGUGCUGUGUGCAAGUUGAUCGGCCACUUCAAUCUCGACUCCACGCGCGUGUUAGACCUUCUCCUUGACGUGUUCGCGGCGAGUCUUGUCAAGAACUGGCGCUUUGCAGUGCAGUUUCUCCGAAUAUCGCAGUGGUGGCCACGUGGCAACGAGGCGGACAAUUCGGCGCUUGAUACAUUGUUUUGUGGCGGCAGUGAUACCGCCGCGAAGCUCAUCGGCUUGAAGCUCUCCAAACACGAUCGCAGCAAGGAGUUGCCCGAAUCACUAAAGGCGCUUGUAGCUGUACUUGUCAAGGAGGGCUUUGUCUCCUUCGGCUCCAUCUUCUACUACUUCUCGCCCGAGGGGGAGACCAUGGCCACGCUUGAGGAUGACUACAAGCAACGCAUGGAUGCGGAGAUCCUCAAGGCCAGCGCGAACGAGUUGGUUUUUGCCGCACCAUUAGGCGACUCUGACGACGAGUUCCAGGAGAAGGAAAAGAAGGAACCAAAGCCGGUCAAGAAGACCGCGACGGUGCUGCCACCGACGAUCCAGCUCCUCAGGACGUUCCUUGGCGCUGGCCUUUUCUGGCCGUCGGUCUAUAUUCUCCUCAAGUUCCCCUGCUUGCCGUUUGUUGACGAUGCGGUUGCGGACUUGCUCAAUCGCUUGGUACGCGCAGCCAUCGCGUCGCUCUACGCACAGAUUCAGCCGAUCCAGAGCGCCAAACUCUUUGAGAAGCUCCAGGUCGCGCGCAAGCUUGCCACCGGCAAGAAGGACAACCGUCUCCUGUUCAAAGACCACAAGUGCAAGCAUUUGUACACUCUCAAGCCGCUCGCGGCGCCAUCGGCCGCGCGCAGCUUCACUUACUUCUACGACCACUGGCGCGAUGGUGUGCCGGCUGUGCGUACGCUCGCCGAGUUUGUUGCGGUCUCUCGCGCAUUGCUCAAGUUCAACAAGACACGUGUCGCGCGCGACCCGGCGCUCUUCGUCGAGAUGUGUCGCAUCGUCGUGGCCGAGGUGCGCGCCGCGGUAGCCGAGCCUGACGCGGCCUUCCGCGUGCGCCGCUCUGAAGACAUGUUCCAGUACUUCCGCACAUUCCUCUUCCCCGCGAUGGCUACGUUGUGCGAGAAUGGCCAGGCUGUGGAUGAGGCAUACCGCGUACUUGCGUUUUUCCCCCUCGAAGACCGAUACAAUUUGUACAGCGAGAUGGACAAGGUGUUGUGCAAAAGCAACUUGGAGAUCAAAUGGGCGUACGGGCGUGCGGAAAAGGAUACCAAGGACGUGAUGAAACGCCUUCUGACGUCCAACAUCAAAGCCAUGAUGCGUCGCCUCUCCAAAAUCUCGUACGCGAACCCUAUUCCUGUGUUCCGUGGCGUGGUUUCGCGUCUUGAAAGUUUUGACAACUUGUCGGUGUUAGUGGUGGACGCGGCCAAGUACUUCAACACGUAUGGCUGGGACUGCUUGAUGAUGACGUUAUUAGUGCGCUUGACCAGCGAGCGGAGCGCCCUUCAGAGCGAUGGCUUAAACGACCGCCACUGGGUCAAGUCAUUGUCGUCAUUCAUCGGCAAGUUAUGCAAGCGCUAUCCACAGGUUGACAUAAAGAUUUUGAUGACCUACUUGCUCAAAUCGUUCCGCCAGCACGACAUCUCCGGGCUCUCCAUCUUGCGUGAGGUGUUGGCUGAGAUGAGCGGGAUUAAGCCGAUCUCCGACUUGUCGUUGCAGCAGAUCGAGCUCUUAGGUGCCGGACCCAGCUUGAUCCGCGGACUCCAUGGAGUGAUUAAAGACACGCGGUACGAGAGCGCGCGGUCGUCGCGGCGGUUUGUUGACGCCUUGACCGCGAUCAACGGCUUGGCCGAGUUGUUUGUGUUGUUGUGCCGUUUAGAGGAGGAGGUGGUGUUCAACAGCAACGAGAGCCACUUGAAAAUACUUUGCAACAAGAAGGACGAGUUGAACUCGUUGUUGCACAUAUUCACCGAGACGAAUGCGUUCUUUACACGGAGCGACGCGUUUUUGCAGCAGAUGCCAGAUGUGUGCGAGUUGGUGGUAAAAUAUGAUGUUCCGGUCGAGUGGAGCUUUGAGAUAUGGAGGAAGUUUUUGGGAAAACUCGUUGCUGAAGACGAAGCUGUUGGUAAAGGGACUGCCGCUGAGACUGCCUCCGUCUGGAACCCGGUGCUUUUACCAAUCGUCGAGCUGAUCUCCCAGGCGUUACCGUCCCACUGGCAGUUCCUCAGCCAAGGCUUAUAUGUGACCUUCUGGCAGCUUUCACUUUACGAUAUUGUAUUUCCCGAAAAAUUAUAUUCCACAGAGACCGAGCGCUUGACCGGGGUGAUCAACGGGUUGGCCUCCGACAUCCGUAUGUCAUAUCGCGACAAGGAGAUCAGUUAUGACAAGAUUAGUGAGAAGGAGGACCAUAAGGCUGCGCUCGCCAAGAUCGUUGCCGCGAUCCCCGGAGACAGCGCGGCCCACCGUAUCCAUCACUCCGCGGUGAUGGUGCGGAUGAACCGUGAAAAGGGUCAUUGGUUCCCAAGCGGGGAGGGCGAGUUGCAGAUGCGCGAUUUUUUCAGCCACUGUCUCUUGCCACGAGCGCGCCACUCGUCCUUGGAUGCAAUGUACGUUGCGCGUUUCGUAUUUAUGCUCCAUCUGCUCGGGGCCAAGCACUUCUCUACGCUUGCCCUCUUCAAGGUGAUAUUUGCAAGUCAGUUCCUCCUCCGCACGUUGUUUACCAGCUCUCGAAACGAGGCCGAAAACUUGGGGAUCUUCUUCUCCCAGGUGCUCCGCCAGGCUGACGAGUGGCGUGACGAAGUGGUGUUUGCGGAGUCUGCCAGAGGUGAGGAUUUACCCGGGUUAGUUCCGUUGGGCGGUACUGAGCUGUUGACGUUCGACGAAUUCCGCGCGGAGUUGUUCCACUGGCACAAUGCCUUGCUCUCUGACCUCUCACGCUCAUUGAACUCUGUGGACUACAACUGUCGCCGCAAUGCAAUCACGUUCCUCUCUAAGUUAUUGGUCGUGUAUCCGUCCAUUGACAGUCACUGUGAGAUCUUGGCCGUUAUCAUCCACACCAUUGCCACCACCGACCCGCGGGAAGACAUUAAGCUAGCCGCCACUGGGUUGUUGGGCCAGGUGCGCUCUAGACGCAAGAACUGUGUCGCCAUGCCUGAGUUUUACGCCAUGUCCCCGGAAGAGGCUGAGCAGUACACCGUUUUACAGACCAAGAAGGUCGAGGUGGAGACGGCCAAGAUAAAGGCUCAAAAGGCGAGGGAGGCGAGCGAAAAGCAGGUGCGAGAGUAUGAGGCCUACGAUAAGCUCAUGAAGGCUCGUGAGCAACAGAAGCUUGCUUCUCAAAGGGCCUCUGAAGAAAAGAAGGCUGAACAGGAACCCGAAGAGAAGGCUGAAAAAAUCGAGGAGCUGAAGCCGGAAGAAAAGGCCAAGCAGUCCGAAGAGAAGAGAGAAAAAAAGUCUGGGGAAAAAUCUGAAGAAAAGUCAAAAAGAUCUGAGAAGAGGGAGAAACGAUCUGAGGAGAAGCGAUCUGAGGAGAAGAGAGAGAAGAGAGAGAGGAGAGAAAAGAAAGAGAAGAGAUCUGAGGAGAAGAAGGAUAGCCCUGUUCGUCCCGCCGGGCCAAGAGGCGCCACUCCAGUUCCCAGAGACGAUUCCAAGCGGGCGUUGCCUUCUGGUCCAAGAAAAACAGAGGCCCCGAGACAUACCCUUAAAACGGGCGCCGCCAGUUUACCACCUCUUCCACCUCCAAACACGGGCACGUCCGUGAAGGACAUUCUCAUUGCUCGAAUCGAGCAGGAGAGAGCUAAGAGCAAGGGUGAAGAUGGCAAGUCUAGAACAGCUCCAAACUCCGCCUCUUCCACCCCUCCUCCGUUACCUCCACCAGCCCCGCGUGGUGCCGAGUUUGCCAACCCGCGUGACAGAUUCCGUGCCCAGAUGCCACCGCCUAAUACCAACAUCUCGAGACUUAGCGACUCUGGUCGUGACAAACGCGAUUCAGGUCAUGAUAAGCGAGAUUCGAGAAGCAAGCGCGACCGUGAUGGUCAACGUAACCGUGACGCUUCCCGCUAUAAUCUCCCUUCGACGCCUGCGAAACCAGUUCAAAGAUCUGUGACCGCUGCGGCCUCGUUACCGCCACCACCACCUCCGCCUCCUCCGCGCCGGACAAGCUCCUCGUCCAGUGGUUCCAGGGACUCUCCGAACUCCAGACCAUACAGAGAGUACGGACGAAGUGAAUCUGGAGACUCGGGGAAUUCUGGGAGAAACUCUGAAAGGGAUGCUAGAAAGGACAGUUGGCAGGAGGGUAGCGACCGUGGAUACGGUGGUGACCGUAAGAGACGUCGUCAAUAGCCGAUGAGCGGUAUGUAAAUGUGUAUACUAUAUGUAAAGAUAAAGUAUUAUAGAAAGGUGGAUGUAAGUUUGAUGCAGUUGUGAGAUUCUCGAAGUCCACCCUGUCAGUUACCUGCG